UGUGAAAUGACGCACAAAUGUCCUGUGGGUAAUGUCGGCCAGUCCACAAUCAAGCAGCAAGCAACCAACAUUACCUCGUUCUUGCAACAUCUCUCUCUCUCUCCUCGUCUCUUCCACUCUUCUCGUCCUCCUCCCAUUACUCCUCGCAUCCUCCUCCAGACCUUCCACAUGUCCCUCACGCCCCUAGCCCUCCGCUUGCUUUCGCGAGAGCUACUAAGCCUACGCACCUCUCCACCCGAGGGUGUCGGUGUCGUCGUCGACGAGGACGACAUCUCUGCUAUCGAGGGAUGGGUCGCUGGGCCGCCCGGCACGCCGUACGAGGGCGGCUACUUCAAAGUCAUCUUUGACUUUGGGCCCGAGUAUCCCAAUGUUCCUCCCAAGUGCACGAUGGCGACCAAGAUCUUCCACCCCAACAUCUCGAAGACGGGCGAGAUUUGUGUCGACACGCUCAAGAAGGGAUGGCGGAAGGACUAUGGCGUGGGGCAUGUCUUGACGGUCAUCAAGUGUCUCUUGAUCGUGCCCAACCCCGAUAGUGCGCUGGACGAGGAAGCCGGCAAGCAGCUGAACGAAGACUACGACGGGUACUGCAAGUACGCCAAACUUAUUACGGGUAUCCACGCGACGCCAAAGCUCCCCCCCGCCCCCUUCCGCAACACGCCAGCGCGCGACCCCAUCCUCCGCACCCCCGCGCUGAAGUCGUCCGCCCCCUCGUCCCUCUCGGCGUCGCCCACCCGCCCCCGCGCCCCAUUGGGCGACAGCGACCGGCAAGAGUCGAGCCCUGUGCCCGACCUUUCUGCGAUCAAGGCGCCCACCAAGCCCGUCAAAGCCCCAAAGCCCAAGACGGCCGUCAAGCGUGGCGUGCGCCGUCUAUAGCCUUUUAAUCACUGGACACUGAUAGGCCUGCAGCAGCAGCCGUGUUUGUACUAUCAUGCAUUGCUGGCGAGGGA